CCUUUCUUCUCCUCCUCUCCUAAUCCAAAGCCUCCUGAAUUUUCCUCACCCGGCCACUGCUAUCUCAGGGAAUGGCCGCUACUACUACUACUACACUUUCUCUCUCUAAAACAACACAAACCCGAGCUUUACAAUCUGAUUGUACUCCACUCAAGCCUUCUUUUACAUCUCUGUCUCCGAGUCCAUGGCUGGGCACUGCCAAGCUCUCGCUUCAGUCCUCCAAUCUCAGAACCCAGAUGCCAAUAUGUCGACCCAUCACUGCCAAAGUAUUGUUCAGCCUCCCAAUUACAAAACCAGAGAGGGUAUCUACUAUUGAGGAAGUUCCAAAAUGGUCUUCGAAGGCGAUAAAGUCAUAUGCUAUGGCUGAAUUAGAAGCAAGGAAGCUCAAGUACUCAACUACUGGUACUGAAGCUCUUCUCAUGGGAAUCUUGAUUGAAGGAACUAAUCUGGCUUCAAAGUUUUUGCGCGCAAAUGGAAUUACACUUUUCAAGGUGCGUGAAGAGGCUAUCAAAUUACUUGGAAAAGCUGACAUGUACUUUUUCAGUCCUGAGCAUCCUCCUUUAACUGAAGCAGCUCAAAGGGCCCUUGAUUGGGCUGUUGAUGAGAAGCUGAAAUCUGGUGAAGGUGGGGAAAUUACGACAACUCAUCUUCUUCUUGGUGUGUGGUCAGAAAAGGAAUCGCCAGGUCACAAAAUAAUGUCUUCCUUUGGCUUCAAUGAUGAGAAAGCCAAAGAGCUCAAAUCUUUGAUUUCUGAAGCUGGAUUUGUUGAGGAUUAAUAGCUUCUCCAGUUUUUAGUGUCCUUAUUGGUGUAACUCCUCGAGUGAAAUGAAGCGCAAAUGCUGUGAUUAAGUUGUGAGAAGUGCAAGUUGUAUAAUUUGUGCAUCCACACAAAUCUCCGCAGGAAAUGGAAGUUGGCAUUUGCUUUAGGUUGUCAGCGGCAGCUGUUGUGUAUGUGUUAGAAUUGAUUUCUUGUUUUAUGACAGUAUCUUCAGUUUUACAAACCGGAAACACUGGAGUCUGUGGUACUUGUUUUCAAGGCAAUUGGUGGAACUGACUUCUCCAUUGUAAUGUUGUUCUUACUGGCUUUUUUGCUAGGUUGCUUCAUUGUUUAGUCAGACAAGAUAUAAUACAUUUGACAUUUUGAAAUGAGCUUAAUUGAUCGCAGCAA